CUGCGUUUGUUAAUGUCAACUGUAGGUGACCCGGCGAUCUGGGAGUGUCUAAGUCCGCGGACUGUUUUGAAUUAAAUUUUAAUGUCUAGCAACCACUUUGCAGCCUCGCCUCCCCGGCAGCAGCUCGCUGUCGAUUCUGCAUGUUUUGCUUUUUUAACAUCUAGUAAUAUUGUAAUUACUGCAGCAGUUUACGAAGUGAGAGAAGCAAAUGCGCGGUGCGUUCUUUCAAAACAAGAGCGCCACACUUUUUUCCCCACCCCAUAAAAAGUAUAGAAUAGAAUUAAGUAUGAAUGAUAUGUAAAUAUUACAUUAUUAUGGAAAUGACAGUGUAGCAGAACAUAAGCGAGGCCCUCCUGUAAAUCUUAAAGCUGCUAUUUAAUCAGGCGGAACGCAUAAACCCCCCAUCAGAAUUUAAACCUAGCCUAAUCCCAUUUGUUUUGAAACGCUUGUUUUUGAAAAGUUGAAUGGUUUUAAACGUGGUUGGAGUUGGGCGAGCCGACACCCCCCACCCUGCUUUACGCUCGGAAAGCGCUCUUCCACUCUCGCCACAGAUACGACGUCCCGAGUCUGAUGAGAUGAAAAGCACCCCCCCCUCCUUGGAGCCGGUGCCAGCGCGAGGACAUACGACACACCGGGGACAGCGAUCGUCUGAGCGGCGUCUACCUCGCCUGUGAAACACAAGGCUCCGGCUUUUCAGAGGGACCCAUUCACUGGCUCCCUUGUCUCGCGUCCGAUCGUGCUCCUCGCUUGCCAGAUAAAGCAGCCCAUUCUUUUGAUGGGUGACCUGAUUCUUUACGUAACCUUCCCCAACUUUUGGCUUCCGUCGGCCCUUCUCAUCCAGGAUAUGGAAUGUUUUGUUCCUUGAGGAGGAGCGCUGCAGUAGGUCGGUGUCAGACUGGCGGGGCCUCUGGGCAGUCGCUGCACCAGUAUCACCCCCCCUCAUGUGACCAGAUCACCUUCUCCAUCACUCCGUCAUACAGUGUUCUGCGCAUGGGACAAACCGAAUUAAUCACAUUAGCGUGGCUAAACUGAUCCAACACAGACUUUUCUAUAACAUGGUGACACACAGAUGUUUCAGAAGUGCAUGACUACAUCCCUCUGUUGCGUGAAAGCUGACUUCUAAAUCCCUCGUUAAGUGGAACAAACUCAAUGAACGCCGUGUCCUCACCAGGGGUUAAUCGAGGGUGCCAUCAGAGGAUAUCAUGACCUCUCUGGCGGCAACACAUGCCCACGUCUGGAUGCAGUGAACCGGGAUUACUGCAUAAGAUGCUGGUGACCUAGUUUUUUUGUUGUUGUUUGUUUGUUUGUUUGUUUUGGGUGUUUUCUCCCGUCAGAAAGCAGCAGUAGAGAAGGUGGCGGCUACAAGAAGGACGUGGGACUCUGUGGAGUCGGUGUGUGCUGUUAGUGCGGUCAUUUGAGGGUUUUAAUUCUGGAACAGGUUCAUCUUUUAUUUACCGCGCAGCUGGCCGCGUAUGUAGAUGCAGUGAAAUGAAAGUCUGUGAAACUGCUUUUCACUUGGUAUAAGUAGAGGGCGAGCAGGGAAAAAAUGUGUCGGGAGGAAUUUUAUAUUGUUUUCUUUGUAAAGAACAAACUGUCGGACAAGAUGUCGGGGCAGGCUGGAUUUCAACAGAAGGCAGAUUUUGGGUUUGUGGUAGUUGAGUUUGUGCAGCUGAUGUGAUUCCUGCGAAUGCAUGAGGAGAUAGAAAUUGAUUUAGAAAAUAAAUAAUUAUAAUAGGAUGGGAGUAGUUUUUUAGCAGCACAUCACACAUCGAUGCUUCUCCGGAAUGAGGAGGGGAAGGUUGCCUGGUAGCUGUUAAACUUGUCCAUGUGACAAGAAUCCUGAAGGGACAGAAGGCAUGAAGCAACACUGUGAUCUCAUAGUGGCUGGUCCAUGACUCCAUUGAACUCCACUCAACCCUCUCCACUAUCCACCCGCCCUCUGUUCUCAUCAUACUGGACAGCCAAUCACUCACUCUCCCAUCUACACAAAGCUGCACAAUGGCCAGCAAGAGGAAAUCCACUGUACCCUGCAUGAUACCAUCCAAAUCCAAACAUGUGCGUGAGGAAAUCAUCCUGGGCUCGCUACCAGAACUCCUACCAACAAUCCCAGAAGACAGCAUACUCAGCAUCUCUGGAGACGAGUCUUGCCAUUUCUCUCAUAGCUCCUCCAAAUCCGAAAGCGGCAGCGAGAUGCAGAAGGGAGGCACGUAUAGCUGUCCAACAUGCCGUUUCGAAUCCAGAGAUCUAAACUACUUUUUGGAUCACAUGCACAACUGCCACUUAGACUUCAGGGCCCAGCCCACCUUCUACUGCCUGAACUGCGGGGUGUCGGUCGUCCGCUUCGAGGCUCUGGCGCUGCAUAACGCCAACGCCCACCCAAAGAUAAUGGAGGGCUUGGCCACCGCCUCUCUAACGGUCAACAAGCGCGAUGGGGUAACGACCGUGGAGCAAAGCCUGUUCACCGACGGUGGAGAGGACCACAAAGAAUCUGGCAUCUCCCUCACCAAAACGCCCAUCGCAAAGAUGAUGAAGGCCAAGGGGGAGCACAAAAAGAUUGUGGUCUCUCACACUGUGGAGGUACGGAAGAUAGACACUGGAAAGGAUGUCGACUCCAGCAUGCUGACAAAUGUGCCUGAACUCCAAAACGGGGCUCUCAGUGUUUCUGCUGCCCCAGCUAUGCCGAGGACCACUGUCACUCAUUUGAUUACGAAGACAGUGUCCAACCAAUUCUUUCACCAGCACACUCCCUCUCUUUACUCUCCCCCUUCCUCCGAUUCCAAUAAAGACCUUCCAAAGGUGAUGAUCCCACUCAGCAGCAUCCCCACCUACGAUGCUGCCAUGGACACCAGCAGCUUUCUCAAGACAUCCUUUGGCAAGUUCCCCUACCCGACCAAAGCCGAACUCUGCUACCUAACGGUGGUCUCAGAGUUCCCAGAGGAGCAGAUCAAACUGUGGUUUACUGCCCAAAGGCUCAAGCAGGGCAUAAGCUGGUCUCCCGAGGAGAUCGAAGAGGCCAGGAGGAAGAUGUUCAACACCGUGUUUCAGGGUGGGGCGCCUCAGAAGCAGCCUGCUGUGCAGCGACCUGUCAAUCACAUUGUAACCCACCACACUGUCACUGCCCAUCCAAGCUCAAAAGGACCAAACUUUCAGAUGGCCAAAGUCCCCUAUGGCGGCAACAAAACCAGGCCCGUCGGGGUCAUAAGCACGCAGGCCAACAUGUCAAUCAAUCCCCACGUCACCAGGGUCUCAUACUCUACUCCAGUCGCCCCCCCAAAGUUCCCGUCCGUCAAAACAACACAGGUGCUGACCAAGAACACCCAGUCCACUGUGGAGCCUCCCAAGAGCAAUGGCCUCAGCCUGGACAUGGCUGGAAGCAGUGGUUGCGUCAGUAGCACCAGCAGCAGUCGAAGCAGCAGUAGCAGCAGUAGUUGCAGUAGCAGCAGCAGCAUCAGCAGCUAUUCCAGCAGCAGUAACGGUGUCGAGGCCGUCACCAGGAAACCGGUGAGCAACAGCAGCCUGGCCACCGGCACCACCAGCACUGCCCCCUGCUCUGCCAACAUGAGCAAUAACGAUGAGCACUGUGUUGCUGACGCCGGCGGCAAACCCAAUGUGAAGAGCGGCGGUUCGCCCGUCGGAGGCGAGGGAUCCAACGGUACCAAGAGUCAAGUGAUCAUCGACAACACCAGCAAAUCCAGCGUCGCCUGUAAGAAUCAGAACCGUCCACAAGAGCAGGCCCAACCCGCAAAGCCCGACGAGGAGCGCAACAGCUUCGUCCACAAGACCAACAACAGCAGUAUUAGCAGUGAACAGCCCAACGCGGCCUGUAAUGACGGCGCCCCCAACGCGAACCACGCCAGUAAAUCCCCCACUGAAAGCACCAGCACCACUGUCAUCACAAAAAGCAGCUCGUCCAUUCUAGACGAGGGGAAAUGCAACAAGGACUUUCCCAUCAAAGGCAUGUCAAUCUUAAAGCAACUCAUUAAAGAUGACGACCCGUUCACCAGGGAGCGAGGCUGCUCAGAGCUGAAGGUUGACCCCAUCAAGAUCAGCUUUAAGAGGCUGAAGAUGAAUGAACCAGAGAUUACGUCUGAUUUUCUACAUCAAGAGCAGAAGUCCGAGGUAACCGAGGUGUCGGCCCCUCAGCCGUCUUUCUCGGCCCCCUGGGGCAAGACGCCCCAGCAGCUGCACGUCCUCCGGCACGUGUUCUCCAACACCCGCUGGCCCAGCAGCCAGCAGUACGAGGAGCUGAGCAUCCAGACGGGCCUUCCCAAGCCAGAGGUGGUGCGCUGGUUCAGCGACAGUCGGUACAGUCACAAGAACGGGCAGCUCAAGUGGUUAGAGACCUACCAGCGGCUGCCUGCGGAGCCGGAGGAGCGGUGCCAAGGAGACGCCGAGGCCGACUCCACCAAGGACUCGGCGGUGGCCAAAAAGAAAGUGGCGGAGCAGGGGGCGAGCAAGCGCCUCGAAGGAGAACCGGGGCUGAACUCAGGGCAGAGGGUCGUGUGGCAGGAUUCAUACUCGCCACUGCUGGGUUUGAUGGCGUCCGAGGGGGGCGACGAGCGAGGCCGGGCCGAGGAGGCGGCACAGCAGGGGGUCCUGCAGGGUCCGUGGUCGGGGAGGGCCGAGGAUCACCAGCAGCCGGUGGCCAGUCAGCCACUCAUGGAACAGCAGGCUGAUGCCAGUCAGGCCAGGGAUCGCCUGAGGAUGGAGCUGCUGGAGGUGUGAUGAGGCCGGCUUCAAUCUGGCCAGAGGAACACGACGUUUAAAGGCUGGCUCGGGCCCCUGGCCGUGGUCGAAAUUUAAAAAAAGAAAAGAAAAAAAAAAAAAAGAGUGUUCAUAAUGACAGCAGAUGUGAUUGUAGCUGGACCGUUGGACUCUGACUGUAACUGUGAAUACCCCCCACUCCUCCUCCGCCCUCCUCCUCCGCCGCCGCCGCCGCCGCCUUCUCCUCCUCCCCUCCUCUUCCAUCUGCCAUCACUUCCUGCCAUCGUCAAACGAAAGAACUUCUCACCUUUGAGUCCUGUGAUGUUUAAGCCUUUCAUGCUUCUUUGUGGUUGUGUGGGGAGGGUGCACAAUGAGGUCAGUAUGAGGGAUCAAAGAAAAGAAAGAGAAAAGACGCACACUGACUGGAAAACUGACUUGAAUGAGCGAAGAUAGGAUAGGGGCCGGAAGAUAUUGUCUUUGGGUCAGAGGGAUAUAUAUGUAUAUAUAUAUAUAUGUCAUAUAUAUACAUACAUAUGAUUAAACUGCACUAUGAAAUAGGGUUUAUACUGACUGGACAAACAAAAGAUGUGUCAAGGAAAUGUUAUUGUUGGCUUUGUGAUAUUUUUUACUUUUUUAGCAACCAGUACUUCAGCACUGCCUUGAACUUUACUUUUUCCGUUAUUUGUUUUUUCAAUUCUAUUUACUCUUCUAUAGUCACUGUAAGUCCAGAUGCAAUCAACCAUGUUUUAUUUAGAUCUGUAUAAAUGUUGGUGAUCACUUUGCAAUUCAGCUACACGCAAGAGACUAUAUACAAUGCACUAAUGAAGACAGCAAUGCUAAAGAUCACACUGCCCCACGAUAAAGGUAUUGACAGCUCUGUGGAGAUCAAUACACUACACUGCCCUGCAAACUGAACAGAGAGAAGCCUGUCACGCUAACGUUGCCUUACUCAGCUCUGUCCAUGUGUUUAUAUGACCUGUCUGCCCAUCACCUUGCUUUCCAGCUACUGUGCUGUCCUGAGAAAAAAAAAUAUAUAUAUAGAAAAAAGAAAAAAAACAUGCCAGUACAUCGAUGGUCACUGUUGGUCUAUAUCUGUGAAAAAAAACAUUUUUGUGCUGCUUUCUGUACACUUGGAGAUGUUUAACUUUAAGCUGUAAUUGUAUCAAAUAUUGUUACUGGCAAAAUGUUGUUUAAAGCAAAAUUCACAAUUUGACCCUAGACACUGACAGAGUGAGAUAUUGUCUAGCUAGAGAGCCAAAUGGGGAGAUGUUUGCUCUCCUCUGAAUUUUCUUGUGUUUCUAUGAGAAAAAAAAAAUACAGUCACUACAUGGAUCCUAUUAAGCUGCAUCUUUGUCAAGCUGCUAAUAGCUAAGAACGGUGCUAUACCAUCCAAAGUGAAAUUGGAGGUUGAUCUCCUACCAGCAGUGUAUGCACUUGUGUCGAAUGUUACAAAUUUAUUUUGGUUUGAGAUAAAUGGAAUCUGGACUUACGGUGUUAUGAUCACUUAAAAAAACUUUUAUGAAAUAGUCUGAUCAUAAAGCACUGUUGUAUCAUCCUUUCUACACUUCUGAAUCUUUACAGAAUAAACUGAAUACUCACCAAGCACAAAACGUCUCUCAUUGCUGAGCACCUAGCACCAGGAGUGAAACUGUUCCAUGGAUACCCGUCUAAUUAUUCAGUGUGAUGAAUGUGGAAGCAACACGUGGUGCACAGUGAUUGGAGAAAAGCUACAGCCUCACCUGCUGGUGAGCAGCUGACAAUACAAAUAAGAGGGGAGAAAGAAAGAAAAAAAAAAAACUGUUUCCAUGGCAGGAAAUCACAGCAAAAUAACAUUUUCCCUUCAGGUUUCUAAGCAGAUGGUGACUAGAGGUUCUAAAAGAAAUAAAAAUUAAAGGUUGUGUGUAAACGGGAGAAGGACAGCUCAGAUGAGGCAACGCUGGACUAAAAUUCUUAACUACAUGUGAAUAUAAUUACAACAAUCUUGUCCACCCUGAAUAUAACAAAUUGAAGGAAAUAAAAAGGUAGACUGCAUAUUUACUUGUAGGGUUUUAUUCAUUUUUCAACCUACAAUGAGCAUAAAACUCAAAACAUGAUAAAAGAUUAUGACAAAAAAGGAGAAGGGACGCUGACGUUACAGCUGCUUACAUCAACGCUCCAAUACAAAGAGUGGGGAACAGAGUGGAAUAAGAUGAACUGAUAAUUCACAUUAAAUGUUACAUUACCUUAUCCUCAAUCUUAACAUAAAUUUAUAAAACUGCCUAAAUUGUAACAGAUUGAUUUUUUUUUUGGCAAAUUCCCUCACAUACCUUUAAUGGAAGAAAAACAUUUUCCUUACUGAUUUUAGACAUGAUUGUAUUGUCUUCAAGUAACAGAUGUGGAUUUUUCUUUCUUGGAACAAUUAAGUUAAAAUUAGGUGUAGACAGGGCUAUACAGCGAAGAUGUUUGCAACUCAAAGGGUAUAAAUGAUUGGUUCACAUUUACACUGAGGAAAAAAAAGUCCCUGAUAGAGGCUGUAAAAUAAUAUAUUCACAUUCUGCUUGCUUAAGUAAAUAUUGACAUGGUUGCAGUAUUCAUCACCCUUUGCCUGCCCAGACAUCCCCUUUCAUACCCAGUUCAACAUAGUCCAGUUUAAAAUAUUCAUCCAAACAGACAUCUUCCAUGGCCAAGCCCCUCACUCACACAUGCAUGCACACAAUUUCACCUCAGCAGUCAAGCUUGUGUAUUCAUUUCUGCAAAAGGCGUGUGGGUGUAAGUUAAGGAAUUCAUUUGAUUUAAAUUUAUCUAUCAAAAUAUAGAAUUCGUUAAUAAUACAUGGGAGGGCUAAAAUACAGAGCAAGUGAACAAAGAAUAAAAUGAUACAAAGCAUUUAGGUUUUUGCUGAAUACAGUAGCUAUAGGACCACAGAGUUCAAAGUUUAGGCAUUGGGAGUGAGGCAAUGGUGAAGGGGGUCUUCCAAUAAUAGACUGUCUUGAUGCAAGUUCAGCCUUCAUACCUGAUCUCAGACCAGAUGUUUGGAAUACCCACUACACACCCUCCUGCCAUUUCAUAAAAGCCGGACCUCGUCUGUUUUUCCCUGUUAAAACUUUCUGAAAUUCCUUGUCAGGUCUGGCCAUCGAGCAAAAUUCAGUUAAGCUAAAAAAAAAAAAAAAAAAAAAAAACAA